AUGUUAUUCAGACGCAUGGAACACUGGCUUUCUGCCUCCUGUUUUUUUCUGCUUUCUUUUUUUUUUUCUCUCUCUCUCUCUCUCUCUCUCUGCCUUGAUUCAACUUUCUCUAUAUGCAGCAGGAGGAGUUGGAGGUUUUGGAGUCCAUUUAUGCUGGUGAUGAUUGCUUUAAACAAAUUAAUAACACAACAUUUCAAUACAUGUGUGAUUAGUUGGGGUGAGACAUAUCCGGAUGAGAAACCAAUCAUUAAUCUGAACACCUUCUACAACAACCACCUAGAUAAACAGUGCAAGGAUUUUCUUUGUCAACAAAUAUCAGAAAAGGCUGAAGAGAUGUUGGGCUGUGCAAUGACUUACACAUUAUUUGAGUGGGCCAAAGAGAACAUGGAAACCCUCUUGGCUGAUCAACAGAUUUCUGUGACAAACACACUUCUUCCAGUGAUAAAUGAAUUGAAUAGUUCUCUCUAUCUUUUCAUCUUGUCUCUUUCUCUCUAUCUUUUCAUCUUGUCUCUUUCUCUCUAUCUGUUCAUCUUGUCUCUUUCUCUCUAUCUUUUCAUCUUGUCUCUUUCUCUCUAUCUUUUCAUCUUGUCUCUUUCUCUCUAUCUUUUCAUCUUGUCUCUUUCUCUCUAUCUGUUCAUCUUGUCUCUUUCUCUCUAUCUUUUCAUCUUGUCUCUUUUCUCUCUAUCUUUUCAUCUUGUCUCUUUCUCUCUAUCUGUUCAUCUUCUCUUUCUUUCUCUCUAUCUGUUUCAUCUUGUCUCUUUCUCUCUAUCUGUUCAUCUUGUCUCUUUCUCUCUUUCUGUUCAUUUCAUCUUGUCUUUUCUCUCUAUCUGUUCAUCUUUCAUCUUUCUCUCUAUCUUUUCAUCUUUUAGCUUUCUCUCUAUCUUUUCAUCUUUCGCUUUCUCUCUAUCUUUUCAUCUUUCGCUUUCUCUCUAUCUUUUCAUCUUUCGCUUUCUCUCUAUCUUUUCAUCUUUCGCUUUCUCUCUAUCUUUUCAUCUUUCGCUUUCUCUCUAUCUUUUCAUCUUUCGCUUUCUCUCUUCAUCUUUUUUCAUCUUUCAUCUUUCUCUUUCUCUCUAUCUUUUCAUCUUGUCGCUUUCUCUCUAUCUUUUCAUCUUGUCGCUUUCUCUCUAUCUUUUCAUCUUUCGCUUUCUCUCUAUCUUUUCAUCUUUUCGCUUUCUCUCUAUCUUUUCAUCUUUUAUUUUCUCUCUAUCUUUUCAUCUUUCGCUUUCUCUCUAUCUUUUCAUCUUUCGCUUUCUCUCUAUCUGUUCAUCUUGUCUCUUUCUCUCUAUCUGUUCAUCUUGUCUUUUUCUCUCUAUCUGUUCAUCUUGUCUCUUUCUCUCUAUCUGUUCAUCUUGUCUCUUUCUCUCUAUCUGUUCAUCUUGUCUCUUUCUCUCUAUCUGUUCAUCUUGUCUCUUUCUCUCUAUCUGUUCAUCUUGUCUCUUUCUCUCUAUCUGUUCAUCUUGUCGCUUUCUCUCUAUCUGUUCAUCUUGUCGCUUUCUCUCUAUCUGUUCAUCUUGUCGCUUUCUCUCUAUCUGUUCAUCUUGUCGCUUUCUCUCUAUCUGUUCAUCUUGUCGCUUUCUCUCUAUCUGUUCAUCUUGUCGCUUUCUCUCUAUCUGUUCAUCUUGUCGCUUUCUCUCUAUCUGUUCAUCUUGUCGCUUUCUCUCUAUCUUUUCGUCUUGUCUUUCUCUCUCUCUCUCUCUAUGUUUUCGUCUUUCUCUCUCUCUCUCUCUGUUUUCGUCUUUCUCUCUCUCUCUCUAUGUUUUCGUCUUUCUCUCUCUCUCUCUCUCUCUUUUCUCUAUUUUCUCUCUCUCUCUUUUCUUUUCUCUCUUUCUUUUCUCUCUCUAUCUUUCAUCUUGUCUUUCUCUCUCUCUAUCUUUUCAUCUUGUCUCUCUCUCCAUCUUUUCAUCUUGUCUCUCUCUCUCUCUCUCUCCAUCUUUUCAUCUUGUCUCUCUCUCUCCAUCUUUUCAUCUUGUCUCUCUCUCUCUAUCUUUUCAUCUUGUCUCUCUCUCUCUAUCUUUUCAUCUUGUCUUUCUCUCUCUCUCUAUCUUUUCAUCUUGUCUUUCUCUCUCUCUCUAUCUUUUCAUCUUGUCUCUCUCUCUCUCUAUCUUUUCAUCUUGUCUUCUCUCUCUCUCUCUCUCUCUUCAUCUUGUCUUUCUUUCUUACCUUUGCAGCCAGAAGAAUGUGGUUGGCUAUUCUGUGGGAUUUUCUUCUGGUAUGUUUGAUUCUUUGUUUGCAGUUGACAUUGUUAUAGCCUCUCUUUCUUGUGUAAUGUCUGUGUAUAGUGGUGGAGAUGCUGUUUCCUGUCUUGACCUGGUCAUACUCUAUGCCAAACACCAGUGUAUCUCUCAUCAUUUCUUCCUGUUCCGGGUACCCAGCUUCCUCGACCAGUUGUUUUGCCUUUGUGACAAAUUCUUCUUUGUUUCCUUGUUUGAGAACUCUUAG